GUGCCGUUGGAAGAUUCAGACGGUCUCCUCUCGUGAGAAUCGGGACGUGCCCGAGGACCGGCUUGGUGCGGGUGGGAGCGCGCUCCGGCGCGAGAGGCCAGUGGUCGCUGCGGGCGCACGCCCUGCCCCUCCCCCUCUCCGGCACGCAGGUUCCGGAUUAAGCCUCCGUCUGACCAGCGGCGGCCGGGCGGAUGGAGGCUGGGCCGCCGAGGUACGAGGGGAGGAGCCGGAGCUGCCGCCGCGGCUGCUGCUGCUGCUGUAGAUGAGCAUGUCUGCAACUCGCGCCAAGAAAGUGAAGAUGGCCACCAAAUCGUGCCCCGAGUGCGACCAACAGGUUCCUGUUGCAUGUAAAUCUUGUCCCUGUGGUUAUGUAUUUAUUAAUAGGAAACUUCUAAAAGUAAAACACUCAGAGAAAUCAUCACCUUUUACAGAAGUGAACAGUACCAUAUCUUUGAAAGAUUUGAGAAUACUAUUUUUAUAUGAAUUUAAACUAGGACAUAGUGCAGCCACAGCAAGUAGAAACAUCAAUUCUGUCUUUGGAAAAGGCUCUGUUAGUGAAAGGACUAUCCGGUGGUGGUUUGAAAAAUUUCGUUCUGGGGAUCUGAGUCUGAAAAAUGAGCCUCGAGGGAGACCCAAAUCUGUUUUAAAUGAAGAUCAGUUGAGAGCCAUGGUGGAAGCUAACCCCAAAACAGCAAUUCGAGGCCUUGCAGCAGACUUAGGAGUUUCUGCUACAACAAUUUCUCGACACCUGGCUGCAAUAGGAAAGGUGAAAAAGUUGGACAAGUGGGUAGGUAACACCAACUGAUGGAUAAUCAUAAACUGAGAUAUUUAGAGAUGUGCUUAUUCCUGAAGAUUUAAAAGAGCAGAGACCUAUUUUGGAGAAUAUCAUAAGCUUUGACAAAAAAUGAAAGUGGUCUGGACAAUGGUUGGAUGUUGAAGAAGUUCCCAAACGUGUUAAAACCAUCAUUGCAACCAAAAAGAAGGUUCUGGUAACUGUAUGGUGGUCUGCAAAGAGAGUAUUUCAUUACUUUUAACUCAGGCAAAACAGUAGCAUCUUAUUGUCAAGAAGUUGAAAUUAUGUAUCAAAAAUGGAUCUAAAAGCACUCUGCAUUGGUUAGCAGACAUGGAUGGACAUACACUUUUCCAUGACAACAUUUGAUCAGUGAAAUCCCAGACCACCAUAGGGAAUGACUGCAUUGGGCCAAGAACUUUUGCCAUAUCCAUCACACUCAUCUGACCUUUUUUCAACAGAUUAGCACUCUGUCAUCAUUUGGAACUCUAAGAAACAGAACAUUCUCUAAUAGAGAACAGUAAUUGAAGGAUUUGAAUAAAUUUUAACAAUGCUGAAUUUUAUAAAUAUAUAGUAUUUGGAGAAAUUUAUCAUUGGGGGAAAGCAGUUAAUGCUAACAGUGCAUAUUUUGGUUGAAUAAAACUUUUCUUUUCCUGAAAAUUACAACAUUUUCAUUUUUAUAUAAAGGCAGUUUCAUAUGGCUCAACCUAAUACCUUCCCAGAUCCUGGCAGAACAUGAAGACUCUAAGAUAUGUAAUGUACUGGAAAACUACAAGCUGCCCCUGAGUUUUGGGCUUCUUCAUUGGAGGAAUGUGGAACAACCCAGAGUGUAGGUAUGUGUGAAAGAUGCUUAGGACUCAGUCAUGCAAAAAUCCAGGUAAAGAGGGUUUUAGGGAGAUGAGCAACCUCAUCAAAAGCUCUCAGGCUCUCAGAAAAUAUUUUUUGAAUAAAGAAAUCAUGUUUCUAACACAAAAGCCAUGCACAUGGUAGACAUGCAUGGCACAGUGGUGCUUUUGAGUGAUGAUACUUAUUCUGUCACACAAAGCCAGUCCCUUCUUUCAUGUGUUUUCCACUCUGAUUCUUUAUUUUAAGAAAAAUAUAAGUGGCCUAUCAUCAUAAUUAAUGGCCUCUUUAUGAUUGUGUAGCUAGAUUGCAGUUACUCCUUCUGGCAUCCAGGGAUUAAGUUGGGGUAAAGUUACUGGGAUGGUCCUCUUCCUGCCUCUCUCCCUCCUGGUGAUCUGCUGUGUCUAAUCUGUGAAGGAGAAUUAAGGAAUCCUAAAAGCUAAGAGGUGAGAGAAGGACAUCUGGAAUGGAUCUUACCUGGAGAGAGAGAGAGGGGGAAGGAGGGAAGGCGAGGAAUGGAGGGAAAGCUGGAAUGGAAAUCCCCUAAAGUAGAAUUUGACUAUGAGCCAAAGAUUUAAAGACCAUGGGAUGCAUUACUGCAAAUUAAAAAAAAAAAAAAUGUCCCUUCCUUUGAGUAGAAGCAGCCCAGUACUAUGACACAAGAUUUGUAAGCAGUGUCUUUCAGUUCUAAUUUACUCCCCUGGCUGGGUGCCCUGGUCUGGAGUCACCUGCUCAUUUUACUGCUCCAUCCUUGGGUUGUCAAGGAAUCUAUUCAGUGUUUUUUUGGACUCCUGCUUACUCUCAAGAAUGAAGCCUGAGAUUUAGAGUACAGGAUGAAAAAUGAGGCCUGAGAUUUAGAUAGGGUAACAAGGCUAAAACCAGAAGUGUGGGAAGGACUUUAUAUGAAAGGCAGCAAGCACAAGGGUGAAGUCAAAUGGUCACAGAGGACCAAUGUGAAAGAAAGUGGUAUUGUAUAGUUGCUUAGUCUGGGUAGUAGUUGCUUCAUGGCCAUCCAUCCUUCCCUCAAUUCUCAGACCCCUUGUCAGACUUCCCGAGCUGGAUGCUGGACUUUGGUCUAAAACAGCAGAUCUGUUCAGCCCAAAUGAGUGGUUUCUUCCAAAAAGAACCAGUGAAAUGUGAUGAGAUGGGAAAGGAGCAGUUAUAGGAUGUUGAGUUAUCCCAUCAAUCAUCCUUACCACCUCCAACAAGGGGUGUAGAUUUGAGAGGCAGAAAUGGACCCUGUAAUUCUUGUGAGCAAGCAUAUGGAUUGAGUUGUGCCUGUACUACUAUUAGUGUAUUUUGGUUAUGUGAGAUAGUAAAUACCCUUUUUGCUUAAGCCAUUUUGGAGAGCUAGGCUUUCCAUUUUGGCAAAAGAAAGAUUCCUGACUGAUAGAUACCAUUCCUGAGUCUUACUUUACUUAACUAUGAAAUGAAAUUCAUGAUACUACCUUGCAGGGCUUGGGGAGGAAGAGGGACAGUUAAUGUAAAGCACAGGCACAGAGUAGAUGCCCAAUAGAUAUGAUUUAAUACCAUGAAAAGUAGGAGCAAACAAGGCAAAGUAAGGUGUGUGGGAUACCUCUGGAGGCCCCUCUGUGUCCAGGGCAGGCCAGUUGAGCUGUGUUCAGUGCUCAGUGAAGGCUGGUGCCUGCCUUGGACUGUCUAGAGGUUUGCAGCUGUAAAAGAGGGCUGACUUCUUCAGUCAUUGUGAGCCUAUGGCUUUUCUGCAGUAAGUGCUCCCUGACCCAGGGCAUUAUUGGCCCCAUAGGAACAAAAGAAAAGCUCUCUUUCAGGACAAAGAGAGGCUUCUCUUUCUUUGUCUUUAC